AUGCUGGUUGGACCAGCUAAAGCUCUAUUCAUGGAUGAAAUAUCUACUGGUUUAGAUAGCUCAACAACUUUCCAAAUUGUGAAUUCACUGAAGCACUUUGUUCACAUUCUCAAAGGAACCACAGUCAUCUCACUCCUGCAGCCAGCACCCGAGACUUACAAUCUUUUUGAUGACGUUAUUCUACUAUCUGAUAGUCAUAUAGUGUACCAGGGUCCCCGUGAAUAUGUGAUUGAAUUUUUCGAAUCAAUGGGUUUUCAGUGUCCUGAGAGGAAAGGUGUGGCAGACUUUUUACAAGAAGUAACAUCAAGGAAAGAUCAGGAGCAGUACUGGGCAGACAAAGAUAAACCUUAUAGAUUUGUCACAGCCAAAGAGUUCUCUGAGGCACACAAGUCAUUUCAUGUUGGGAGAAGCCUUCGUGAAGAACUUGAUACUGAAUUUGACAAGUCCAAGAGUCACCCAGCUGCUUUGACAACCAAAAAGUUUGGAGUGGGGAAAUGGGAACUGCUAAAAGCUUGCUUAUCAAGAGAAUAUUUACUUACGAAGCGCAAUUCAUUUCUUUACAUCUUCAAGCUGGGCCAACUUGCUCUAAUGGCAUUUAUUACCAUGACCAUCUUCCUCCGGACUGAGAUGCACAGAGAUUCAGUGACUGAUGGUGGGAUAUAUGUGGGUGCAUUGUUCUAUGGCGUUGUUGUGCUUAUGUUUAAUGGAUUUGCUGAACUCUCCAUGGUCGUUUCAAGGCUUACUGUUUUCUACAAGCAAAGGGAUAAUCUGUUUUAUCCUUCGUGGGCAUAUGCUCUUCCUGCAUGGAUCCUAAAAAUCCCAAUGACUUUGGUGGAAGUUGCUCUUUGGCUAUUUCUCACCUACUAUGUUAUUGGAUUUGAUCCGUAUAUUGGAAGGUAA